AGGAUGAAUAAGAGAUAUUUACAGAAAGCAACAAAAGGAAAACUGCUAAUAAUAAUAUUUGUUGUAACACUGUGGGGGAAAUUAGCAUCUGGUGCGAAUCACCACAAAGCUCACCAUGUUAAAACUGGGACCUGUGAAGUGGUGGCGCUCCACAGAUGUUGUAAUAAGAACAAGAUAGAAGAAAGGUCGCAGACGGUGAAGUGCUCCUGCUUCCCUGGGCAGGUAGCAGGUACCACCCGGGCAGCUCCUUCUUGUGUUGAUGCUUCAAUAGUGGAGCAGAAAUGGUGGUGCCACAUGCAGCCAUGUCUUGAAGGGGAAGAAUGUAAAGUUCUUCCAGAUCGGAAGGGAUGGAGCUGUUCCUCUGGGAAUAAAGUGAAAACAACUAGGGCAAACGUGUAAAACUCUUCAAGUCCGAAUGGAGAAGUAGAAAAAGGAGGUUUCUGCUGUGCCUGAUGACAAUUUUUGAUUUUUCCACACAUACAAAAUAUACUGGCUCCACGUUGGAGCACUAGUUGUGAUGAAUCCUAGUCUUGGUCGGAUUCUAAGGAAGGGCCAGACGUUCGUUGAGGAACAAAGAGUCAAACCACUCCAGAAAAUGUGUUCCAGCCCUGGUUUAUUACUCACAGAGCAGCAGGUAACCCGAUAGCUAAAGACAAAUCAAGUCAACCUUGAGGCUGGUAACAUUAAACACGUCACCCAGGAAUUUCAUUCCUCCAUGCAGUCCUUGAAGUGAAAUUUUAUACUGCUGGGGUGUAUCCUUCAGAAUCAAUUGUAUCAGUGAGAACCUGGCAUGUGAUCAGCAACAGCCUCAAGAUCAAAAACACUGGAAAGUUAUUUUGAACUUCUAUGUCACAAAGAUUUCAACUGAUUGAAAUGUGUACACUUGUAAAAUUGCACUUGCGGAGGAAUUUGCAGCUGUAUUGCAAGAGGUGCAAAAAAGCAGCAGCCUUUCAGAUUCUCCAUUCCAGACUGAUGGCUUUUCAUCUUCAUGACAUCACUCUCCAAAAUGUACUGGUUCCUUCUCUCUAAAAUGAACCCUGGUCCAGCAUUUAGAAUGCUGGUGAACUGCACACUACUUUAAUUAAGUUUCUGUUGCAGAAAUUGUCCUCUGGCAUGGCGCAGUUCUAGGCAUUUUUAUUUGUAUUCUAAUCUUGGAGCUCUGAAAGGUACAUAUUUCAACUUCUUGAAGAUACUUUGUUAUAGGAAUGGAAAUAUAUAUCCAUUGUUAAUAAUUAUUGUUGACAAGUAAUAGUUAUCUGAAUACAUCAUUCAUGUUAGAAUGUAUAGUCAGGUUGACAUGUUUUCCUAAGGCUAACCGACUACUGCAGCUCUUUGGCAGUUAAAAAGGUAGUAGUCAAAUCUCAAUUACCACUUUGAUUAUAAGGCAUUUUAUACCUUUAAGAUAUACAUUUCCAUUUAAUUUGAAGGAGAUAUGUGUUCCUGCUAUAUAUUUUAUUCUCCUGACCUUUGAUUCUUUGAAAUUCAUAGUAAGCAGUCAAUGAUACUAUUUUAAUCUCUUUUUAAAAAGGUAGGCAGGGAUGUAUAUAAGUUUUGCAAUUCUGAAAUUGGAUGGUACUCAUUCAGAUUUUUUUUUAUUAAAAAUAAAAUCUCUUGCUUGAACUCAAGUACUGUUGGAUGCUUAUGUAGGUCUGCUCACUUUGUUUGCUAUAAGAGAAAAGCACUUACAGUCGUUCAAUUCAGAUCUCCUGAUCCUUGCCAAAAUAAUUAUCUCAUGACAACAUUUACUUUUUAUUUUCUAUUUCAGUAGCAAUUUUUAAAACUUUGUGAUGUGCUGUUCCAUGAAAAGAAUCCUCAAUAUUUAAAGGCCUUAAGCAUCUAUGAGCUUUUUUUCUAAGUUAUUACAGAAUGUAUAAUUUUAUAGUCCAUUUAAUGUAUAUUGUACCAUCUGUAAUAUUGAUACAACAGAGAGCUGGCAAUUCCUUUUAGUGACACUGCAUAAGCAUCAUGCCUGGAGAGGGUGAGAGAGUUCUGUUUGCUUUGGUGCACUGCAAUGAAAACCACACAUACUUGAGGGUAGUCAAAAACUAUAUAGAGGUAAACUUACUUAAAUAUCCUAUGUGGAUACCAGACUCAGCAAAAGAGGGAAACCUUUUUAUCAUUACAAGCUGUCGACAUGGCUAGGUAGUUAUAAAUUAAACUCCAUAAAGGAUGAACACCCUGGAGUUCUCUGUCUGUCACAGACUGCCUGUCUGUCUGUCUCUGUCCCCUGCUGCUCCAAAACCAUUUCAUUACCUCUGCUGUAUUCUUGCACAGGAGAGUUUAAAAUAAAUGAUUGUUGGAAAUAAAAAUGACAUGUGUAUUUUACCAUUUUGCUGAGGAAUAAUCAAAGAUGUUGGCAGAGAAAGAUAUUCUUUUCUGAUUAAAAUUUCAUUAGGAUAAACUGUUUGUAGCAGCUACAAGGUAUCUCAGUAUUUUAAGAUGGAACAAUAUUGUAUGGAUUUGUGCUAACAGAUGAGACAUGCUAGCAUCUUAAAAAAGUUAUUUCUUUGGGACAGUGCAAAGUACAAAUAUGCUAUUUUAUAAAAUCUGAACAUGGCCUCUCUUUGGUCAAAAAUCUGCAUCAUGCUUCUCAUUUUUU